AUGGAGGGUAAGAAUAUCACCUAUGUGGAUGAAACGACCGGGAUGAUGCCAGUUCACAUUGCUGCUGCUUGGGGUAACCCGAAGUGUUUAGAAACAUCUCCUUCAGCCGGCAUCAUACUAAAGCUGGAGGAUUUGCAAAAUACAAGUGAGCGAACAAAGAAUACGGUCCUAGUGGAUCAUGGUGCUGACAUAAAUCAGCAUGAUGAACUGUUGUGUACCCCGAUGCACCACGCGGCGCGCAACGGUCACACGCUCUGCCCCCUCAAUAUCGCGGUAAAGAACUUGCUCGCCUUUUUAGAAACAUUCGAAUGGUUAAGAGAUCACGGUGCAGAUGUGACUGGGCGCAACCUUUUUGGCCAAAGCCCAGCGGAUAUGGCACUUGCAAACGAUUUUCCUGACUUGGCCGAUCAAAUUCGAAGGUUUGGUCUGCGGAAAUCAAAAUUUCCCAGUGAAAACAUGCCAGGUGAUGGAGCAGAAGCACAACAGACCGGACAAACAGACCAAACAGAUGCUUCAGCUGCUCAAUGA